UUUAGCUCCAGCUAUCAUACACAAUUUUUAAUUAUUCAAUUUUUCCCAAUUUUCGUCAUGACUCCUUUAAUUUUGAUAAUCUGGAUAUUCUUUGCUAUUUCAGCCAAUGGAAAUUCAAACUUCUUCCCGGGAUGUGACACCAGGUGCAAGCGGGAACUACAGAAAAGUUGCAUAAAUCAUGACCAAGGUCCAAUCGACUAUUGGGGAUACCGUUCAAUCUGCUUAACAUUUGAUGCCGACAAUUUCACUGGAAUGGGAUGCUUAUCCAGCACGCCUGCCAUUCGGUUGACCAAUUUGACCGUUACAGACGGAACCCUGAAUGAGCUGACUGUUGAAGUAGACGAGCCCGGAUCUCACAUUUACACCUCCAACUUUUUUGACUCCGAUGGUACCGAAUAUAUUUACCUUAGGGUCACCACCUAUGGAAGUAAUGAGCAUGAUUGUCUCAUAAAACCCGGACGUUGCGUAUCCUUCGACUGCUACAUGUGUUCCGCUACAGCCUGGCAGAAUUACACAACCGUAACGUAUACAAAUGAUUACUGUUAAUAGUCAGUUAUAGUAAUUUAUAACUUACUACGCAAUGAUAAUUUACAUAUGUAAUUAUGAGUAGUGAUUGAUGAUUUGGCGAGUAUAUCUAAAAGAAUCAAUAAAUUUUAACAUGACAAAAAUUAA